AUGGACUUGGCGGUGGCGGAGGCCUCAAUCCGUAGAGAACGGUGGCAGCUCAGACCCGGCGAUCAUAUCUACGCCUGGCGCAGCAGGUUUGCCUACGCCUUUCCCCAUCAUGGAAUCUACGAAAGCGACAGGAAGGUGAUCCACUUCACUAGGGACACCCCCCCUUCAGAGCAGUCGUCAGCUGCAACAGUGGAAGAAGUAGUAAAAACAAGAGCACUAGCAACAGCACUAGCAACAGCAGCUGCAGUAGCAGCAGGACCAGUAGGAGCAGCAGUAGUAGCAGCAGGAACAUUAGCAGCAGCAGCAGGAGGAGGAGGAGCGCCAGUCUAUGCCUUAUCACCAAGCUAUGACUUGUGCUGGGAGUGCCGUCAAGCUAUGCGUGGCGGCGGCGGCGGCGUCGUCAGCUACUGCCUGGACUGCUUCCUGAAAGGGGAUAAUCUUCGCGUCUUCGCCUACUCAGCGCCUUUCUGGUUCUAUAACGCGAGCGCACAAAUUGGGAUGAUUACCAACAGGGCUCUAGAGACCUGCUCCAUGGAAGCUGAAGACCCACCGGACACGGUCUUGCGCCGCGCCAACGACCUACUCGCCCGCAACGGCUUCGGCAGCUACCACCCUUUGGCCAAUAACUGCUACGACUUUGCCUUUUACUGCAAGACAGGGCGCCAUCCUCUUGCUUCCCCAGCAAGACAGCGGGACGAGAAUACCUGCAUGAUCCUGUAG